AAAAGCUGCACACUUAAACAAAAAUUUGAACAAUAUUACUCUUAUUGAAGAUAUUAUUUCAGUUUGUUUGUUCAGUAUACAAUAUUACUCUUCUCUUUUUAUAGUGUUUAUUUAAAAUGGCUCAUCUUUUGGGAAGCAGAAACUGUUUAGAUAGUUUGAGCAAGGAUGUUUCAAGUAUGCAAGAAACAAUCAAUAGCAUUGUGAAAAAGACUGGCCGUUUCCAAUUUGCAUCAUGGAAAUUUCCUUGCAAGAUAGCUAUUGAUCUUGAUGUUGCAGAGCUUUUGGAGGAUUACUCAUACUGCAACGAUGAAGAUUCAAACAAACUGUCACAUAUCAUUUUGUUUGAGCUGGUUAUUGACAGGUUCUGUUUAAUAUUACAAGCAGCUUCCCAAUUGUUUGAUAUGGUUUUUAUCACUAAAGAUGAACAAAAUGCUUCAAGACCACAAAGUAGAACCGUCACAUCAACUAUGUCAGUAGGGUUAAUAUCCAAAAUAUUUUGGAACAAAGUCUCGCAAAUCCAGUACUCAUAUGAAAACUUAGAAAAACAGCUUUCAGAGUACAAUCAGUCUUUGAUGGAUAUGGAGAAUGUAUUCUUAGAGAUGAAAAUUGAAAACGUUAGUUUCAAAAGGAAAACGAAGAACGAAAAAGAAAAAGAAAAUGGAAAGAUGGAAAUGAUAGAGAAGACAGUUAACAUAGAAGAAGAAUCGAAUAAUUGUAUUCCUGUUCCUAGUAAAUCUUCAUCAACACAAACGUUUGAAACUGCUUUUGUUCCUUGUGAAGCAUGUUGUAGUAUGCAAAGUAACCUUUUGACAGUAGGGACUGAAAUUAUAAACAUCUGUGAAACACAAGGUCUACCUUCUUCUCUCUCCAAACAACACAAGCUGAUGAGGGACACUCAAAUGACUGCUAGUGAUGUGGCAAGGUGGGCACAUGAGCAAGAAAGAGAUUUAAAAAAAAUAAACAAUUACUUAGAUAGUUUACAUAAACAAAUUAACCCUUUAAAAGAGGAACUUAAAUCAUCAAAUUCCUCUUGUUCGAAACUUCAAGACGAUUUUAAUAAGACGUCAAUAGAAAGAGAUAAGAUGGAGGCGUUGUAUAACGAUAGCCAAAAGGAAUGUUGUUCCUUAAAAGAAAAAAAUGAAAGGACUAAAAAAGAAUUAGACAGACAAGAAAGUAAGCUUAGCGAGUUACAAAGCAGUAAUAUAAAACUGGAGUUUGAAAAUUCAAACCUAAAAAAAUCACUGGAAGAAGCAACAGGAAAUAUAUUGAAGUAUGAAAAAAACAUAGCAGCGUUAGAACAAGGUAUGAAGAGUUUAACAACACAGCUGGAAAGUGAGAUAAAAGAAAAAGAAAAACUAACUGAUGCUUGCAACGAAAUCUCAACACUGCAAGCACAGAAGAAAGAGACGGAACAGAAGUUGACAGAUGUUAGUGUGGAACGCGACAAACUAAAAGCUGAGAAUAAAGUUGUUUUGAAGCAUGACCAGAGCCUUCAAACAAAGCAGGCCACUUUGUUGUCUCGUCUUGAACAACUGGAUGAAACGUGUGAAGAUUUAAGAGAUGACCUUUCAACUGCUCAGAAGGAGAAAAACAAUUUGCUUCAAAGCAAUAAAAAAUUGGAAGAAGAGAAAAAUAACCUGCUUUUAAACUUGGAAAAUUUGAAGAGAAUCAACAAAGAAUACGUUCACAAAUCGCGUGAUCGAGAAAAUGGUUUUCACAGUAUAACAAAAAAUCCAUCACAUGAUAAAGAAUUGACAGAAUUAACCAAUCAGUUGAAGUUGUUGGUUAGUUAUCCAGUGAUUGGUCCAAAAUAUAAAACAGCUGAGGAGGAGUACACAACUUUAACGCAACGCAUUCAGCCUCUUAAAGAUGAAAAUGAAGAUGUGGUGAAAGACAUGGAGAGGCAGGUGCAGACGAACAACAUUAGAAUCUCCAUCUUAGAGGAACAGAACAAUUCUUUGAGAAAUACCCUUUUGAAAUUGGAGAGAGAAAACUCGACGAAAGAGAAUUUUCCCGAGAAAGUUGCAUCAUAUAAAAACAGUGUUGGCGAAGAUAUUUCAUCAUUUGGUCGUUACAACGACCGCCAUCAUUCCGCACCAGUUCGUCUCUUACAAGAUCAGUCGGUCACACCGAAACCUCCUUCUGAACCACGCUCGUCAAGUAAACCUACGAGAACGUGGAGUGGUGGUAAAAACAAUAAAAAGGAAGCUUUUGAUAUCGGUGCUCGAUUGGCUAACUUAGAUCGAUUGAAAGAUAAAACAAAAAUAACGAAAUUUGAUUGGACAACGAAUACUGACUCAAAAGGAGCUUGGACUGAACAAAAUACACAUCUUAAAACAGCCUCGGUUACAUGUCCUGAUUGUGACAAAACUUACCUGUCCAAAAGAGACUUGGAUAUUCAUAAGACGUUUUGCUAUGGGCGGGUAUGACUAAGAAUCUAAUCACGCGAGAAAAAAAAAUGCGUUUUAACGGCUUGAACAAGACAAAUAGAAUUUUACCUCCUUCCCUAGAAAGUUUAAAGUGCCCGAAUAUAAAUGAUUCACCUCUGUGUGUUAAUUACUCGAAAAAAUUCAAGCGAGUACUAGAUAAUAUAUAAAUAGCAACUUGUAUAUAUAUAUUUUAAUUUUAAAUUAUUAAAGUCUCGAAACACUUGA